AUGAAGGCCAGCCGUACGGCGGCGGCGGAGUGUUCGUGGGCGUGCUGUGCGGGGCGCUGUUCAUCCAGUGGAUGCAGGAGCGCAUGGCCUCCUGCAAAGACAUCAAGGUCUGGGGUGGGGGUGUUGGGAGAGGCCAAGCGCACUGGGUGA